UUCAAGGUCAAAUCAAGUCGAUUCGUUGUGGUAACCCUGCAAUGCUUCUGGCAGGCACCAGUCUGGAACGGUUGAAAUUGGCUUCUGUCCUCCUCCAAUCACAUCAUUCGCAUUUAGAGACCCAAGAUUGGCCAUGACGACCUAUUCUAGUUAGGAGUGGAUUGAGCUUUCAUGCUGGGGCGCUGGCCAAGUCUCACGCAUUUCUCAGCGGGGAAUUUAAUUCAAUAAAAGCAGCGCAGGAACAUCAGAGCGGUCGCCGCCAUGUGGCACGAGGCGCGGCGGUCGGAGCGGCGCGUGCACGAGAUGAUGGACGCGGCGAAGAAGCGCGCCGAGCGGCGGGCGGAGCAGCGCUCUCGGCGCGCGGGGGACCCGACGCAGCAGCUGCGCGUGGCGGGGAGCAAGUGCCGCGUGGCGCACGACUCCGCCGUCUACCACUCCGCGCAGGACCUCAGCGGCCUGUCUGUGACUCCCUAUCCCUCUACUGAUUCUCUCUUUUCACGGAGGCCUGUCUGUGACCCCCCUUAUCCGUCACCUCUCCUUGGAUCCAGCGGCCAUCCCGGGCUGUCUGGGACCCCCUAUCCCCUUCCCCUUUCCUUGGAUCCCCUCUCUUCGCGGAGGCCUGUCUGGGACCCCCUAUCCCCUUCACCUCUCCUUGGAUCCACAGGCUGUUGUUAACCGUACCAACACGGCCUGUCUGUGACCCCUAUCCCUCAACCGAUUUGCUACUAGCCGAGGCUUGUCUGUCUCCUUGGCUUGCCGUUCUCUUCUCCGCGUCUCCCCCCUCCCCCCUCCCCUCUUUCCCGAUCCCCGCUCCCCGCGUGGCGCACGACUCCGCUGUCUACCGCUCCGCGCAGGACCUCAGCGGUCUGUUUGUGUCCCCUAUCCCUUCGCCCCCUCCCUGGAUCCACGGCCGCCCCGUGCACCCUAUUCCCCUGCGCAUCUCCCCCUCCCCCCCCCCAUUUACUAUACCGCACUGACAUUCCCCCUCACCCCCCUUUUCCCCCCCCUCUCCCCACCACCCCUCUCCUCCCCUCCCCCCUCGCUGUCUCCCUCUACCGUUCGUUUCUCGCCUCACUUUUCUGUUCUGAGGAAGCCCUUUUCUGCCAUAACCAGGCUAAAGAUAGACUUCUUUUCGAUCCCAUCCCAAUGCUCCUUCUGUGUCCAACUCCUUUCUGCUACCUUCCGUUGUUCUUGUGCUCAGAGCACAGAGCACAGAGCACAAGGGCGUUCUCCCUGUUUCCGCUCUGUUCUCUCUCUGUUCUCCCUGGUUCCGCUUUUGAGGCGCCUCAAAAACGCCUUCCCUUGUUCUUGUGCUCUGGUUCUCUCUCUGUUCUCCCUGGUUCCGCUCGUUGCCGCGCCUCUCCCUUCCUCCAGCAUCCCUUGGAACAACAGAGAGGACACGCUCAUAGACAGGUUUGAUGGUCGAGCCAUGCUGGACUUUAUUCGGGAGUAUGACCCUCGCAGGCACGCAGGCAGGGAGAGGACAGAGCAGGAGGAGGAGGAAGAGGAGGCGUGCAACUUUGAGCGGUACAGGGAUCUAGUGCGACUGGGCUGGCACACAAAGACUGAGGAGGAAGGAUUACACCAGGUGGAACGAGAGAUGGAGGCGAGAGCCCACGCCCAGCUUAAAGCCAACAGGCCGAAACUACCAGCUGCACCAGCAGCAGCAGCAGCAUCAUCAGGAGGAGCACCAGCAGCAGGCAAGGGGGCUUAUGCAAACGUGGCGUUCUCUUACGGGGGUAGUGACAGUAACGCAGGUGACUGUAACGAGGAGGAGGAUGAUGAGGAUGAGGACGAGGAGGAGGAGGAAGAAGGGGAGGGGAACGAGGGGGAGGGGGGGGAUGUGGAGGAAUAUGGGUGGAUGUCGGCCAGUGGGCGGCAGCGUUUGGCAGAUAUGGCGGAGCGGUACGGCAUAGAGGAGUAUGGACGGCACAUGGAUGCGGCAUUGGCUGCGGUGGAGAAGGAAAAGAGAGCGAGACAGAUGGCAGGCAAUGAUUCGCGCCUAUCACGCAAGCAGCGGCGGAAAAUAGCCAGGCAGGGGAAGGAAGGGGGAGCGCAGGGGAAGGGGGAGGGGUGGAAGCAGCAGGCGUUGGCGCGGGUGGGGGGACAGACAGAGAGGCAGGGGCUGCAAGAUGAUAGGGGGAGAGGUAGGGAGCGAGACGGGGAGAAAGACCGAGAUUGGGAUAGGGAGAGGGAGAGGGAAAGGUGGGAUAGGGAUAGGGAUAGGGACAGGGAUAGGGAUAGGGAUAGGGAUAGGGAUAGACGGAGCGAUAAGGAAAGGUGGCGAGGGGGCGACGGGACAAGGGACUCUGGAGGCAGUGGGGAAAGGGAGGGCGGAGUUGAGUUUAUCACUCAGUUUGGGGGGGAGGCAAGGGGGGAUGGGGAGGAGGGCAGCAGGGGCAGGGAGAAGGAGAGGAGGAGAGAGUACAGGGAGGAGCAUUUUGAAAGUAGAGGCUUUGCUGCCUCCCCUUUGCCUGCCUCUUCCAAGCAACCACCAGCUGUCAGCCGGCGCUCUCUCGGGUCAUCCGCACUGCCUCGAGCUGCAGGGGAGGGGAAGGGGCCAGGCAAGGGAGCGGAGGGAGGGGCGAAGGAGACCCCUCAGGAGAGGCUGAAGCGGCUCAUGGCACGCCAGUUGAACAAACACAUCAAGAAGGAUACGGCAGCUGAGAACGCGAGGAAGCAGGAGCAGGAGAGGGUGAAGCGGGCCAAGCUGGAGGAAACUCGGCGCGCUGCUGCUGCCAGGUACAGAGACAGGAGCAGGAGCAGGAGCAGGAGCAGGAGCAGGGACAGGAGUUGGAGUAGGGACAGGGGCAGAAGCAGGAGCAGGAGCAGGAGCAGAGACAGGAGCAGAGACAGGAGCAGGGACAGGAGUAGGGACCGAGACAGGAGCAGGAGCCGGAGCAGAGACAGGAGCAGUAGGGGAAGAAGCAGAAGCAGGAGCAGGAGCAGGAGCAGGAGCAGGAGCAGGAGCAGGAGCAGGAGCAGGAGUAGCAGCAGGAGCAGGGGCAGGAGCAGAAGGAGCAGAAGUUGGAGCAGGUAGCACAGCUUAGAUUGAACGCAGUUGAAGCAGGAGUAGAAGCAGGAGCAUUAGCAGGGGCAAGGGCAGGGGCAGGGGCAGGGGCAGGGGCAGGGGCAGGGGCAGGCCGCAGGGGCAGGAUGUCAAUCUAGGAUGAGCCGGUACCCCAUUCCAGAAUAAGCCCAUAGCUCAGCCGAGAGAAGAUUCUGAUGUGAGGCGUGACAGAUUGUUGUGGUUCCUCCUAUGAUAGUAGACAAGAUGCUAAGGCUUAUCCACAAUGGAUGUGAUGCUUAUAUUGCUUGUACCAUAGCCUUCUUUCA